UUUUCUGUGUGUUCAUUCUUAACGUUCUUCUUCACGUAGGAAGGUUGAAAUUAGGUUUAUUAAAUCAUUCACCAUCGUCUAUGUCCUGUGGUAUUUGAGAGCCAAAUACAUGCAGAAUGUGGAGGGGAAUUUUAAGAUUAUCAUGUGUACUUUCUGCUGUGUUUUUGACGGUGAAAGCUGAUGAACACACCCACACAUACUCCUUGAAGGAAGAGGUGGUACUAUGGAUGAACACAGUUGGUCCAUAUCACAAUCGCCAAGAGACCUACGGGUUCUUCUCGCUUCCAUUCUGCCGAGGACCCAAGGUAGAGAUCAGUCAUUAUCACGAGACAUUGGGAGAAGCUCUCCAGGGUGUCGAACUGGAGUUCAGUGGUUUGGACAUCGAUUUCGCAGUGGAAAUGCCACAAACGAAAUACUGUGAGGUGGACAUGACCGAAGAUUCUUUCAAAGCCUUCACAUACGCAGUGAAGAAUCACUACUGGUACCAAAUGUACAUUGAUGACCUUCCCAUCUGGGGUAUCGUCGGUGAAGUGGAUGAUAGUCCAGAGAAAGGGCCAGACUAUUACAUCUGGACACACAAGAAGUUGGACAUCGGCUACAAUGUCAAUCAGAUUGUGGACGUUAAUCUGACCAGCGAAGUCAAGGUCAAACUGGAGAAAGGAGUGAAAGUUCCAUUCACAUACCAGGUUAAUUGGAAAAAAUCACCAAUGAGUUACAGAAAGCGUUUUGAUAAAUACUUGGAUCCUAACUUCUUCAACCACAGAAUUCACUGGUUCUCAAUUUUCAACUCCUUCAUGAUGGUUAUUUUCUUGGUUGGUCUUGUCUCCAUGAUUCUCAUGAGGACUCUACGUAAGGAUUACGCCAGAUACAGCAAAGAUGACGACCUGGACGACAUGGAGCGUGAUCUUGGUGAUGAGUAUGGAUGGAAACAGGUUCAUGGCGAUGUCUUCAGACCGGCUUCAUACCCGAUGCUUUUCUCAGCUAUGAUUGGUAGCGGUUAUCACAUGGCCUCAGUGGCUCUAGCGGUCAUACUCAUCUCACUUUGGGGUCAACUCUACACUGAUCGGGGAUCCAUCUUGAGCACCAGUAUAUUUGUUUAUGCAGCAGCUGCACCCGUCAACGGAUACUUUGGGGGUGGCCUCUACUCGAGAAUGGGAGGUAAAGUGUGGAUUAAGCAGAUGCUCCUCAGUGCUUUCCUGAUGCCGCUCAUGGUCUGCGGACUCGCCUUCUUUAUCAAUUUCAUCGCUAUUUAUUAUCACGCAUCCAGAGCCAUCCCCUUUGGAACUAUGGUUGCAGUGACUUGCAUCUGCUUCUUUGUGAUCCUUCCUCUAACUCUUGUCGGAACCAUUGUCGGCAGAGCGAUAGCCGGUCAGCCCAACUUCCCAUGUAGAGUCAACGCUGUCCCGAGACCGAUACCAGAGAAGAAAUGGUUCAUGGAACCCUCUGUCAUCAUCUUGCUCGGUGGAGUUCUACCGUUUGGCUCCAUCUUUAUUGAAAUGUAUUUCAUCUUCACGUCAUUCUGGGCCUACAAGAUCUACUACGUCUUCGGCUUCAUGCUCUUGGUUUUCUUAAUAUUGGUCAUAGUCACCGUCUGCGUCACUAUCGUCUGUACAUACUUCCUACUAAACGCGGAGGAUUAUCGCUGGCAGUGGACAAGCUUCUUGGCGGCCGCCUCAACGGCCCUCUAUGUUUACAUGUACUCCUUCUACUAUUUCGUGUUUAAAACAAAAAUGUACGGCCUGUUCCAGACGACGUUCUAUUUCGGCUACAUGGCACUAUUCAGUAUAGCUCUCGGUAUCAUGUGUGGUACUAUGGGAUACAUCGGAACGAGCACCUUCGUUAGAAAGAUCUACUCGACUGUUAAGAUCGAUUGAGGUCACGUACCCCCUCACCCAACCCUACCCCACCCCCCUGAACAAGAACCUUCAUUCAACUCUUAUGGUGGCUUGGAGAUGCUGAGCAGCAAGAGGUUGUGUGCUAAUCCAUUAAACCUUGGACCCCGCCCCCUGCUGUGCUCAAAGCUUCAUCUUCGACUUACCCAUGCCAGCCUCCCCUCUUCUUCAGCGAAUCCAUCUGUGCCUAUUUUAUUUGUGUCCGUCUUCUUUAGGAAAUGACUUUGAACCAGAGUUUGUGCAACGAAUGAUGCUGAGCUACACAUCGUCGCAUCUCGAUUUUGCCAAAAAAUUGUAUCUCGCACGAAAAUGCUCUGUGGGAAAAAAACAUUGUAUCUUGGUGUGUACUUGUUUUUGUCUGUACAUCCGAGCUCUUUAAGCGAGAUACAACAUAUUGACGAUUUCAAAAUCAUGCAUAAAUGUAGGUGCUUUAAGGAGACACAAUGAUUUCUUUGUCGUUCCAUUUCAUCUAUUGAUUCUGAUGCCCUGAGUCAAAAGCAGCCGUUCUUGUAAAUAGCAUAUUAGACUUAAAAUUUACAGGAAGUAAUUUUAGUAAAGACUAUUUUACACAUUUAUAUUCAUGAGAUGUGAUGUCCUAAACAUUCUACAGUCUACUCUUGUUACAACGAGAACCCUGGGACUGGCCGAAAUGAUUCUUUAUAAACAGGAAGGUCGUAACAAGAGUACAGCAAAACAAAGAAACACAAAGCAGAAAUGAGAUUGGGACCUUCAGAAUCUUGCCCCCUUGAAUGGCGUCACACGCGGCGUCUGGUGCCACGCUCACCAUGUUGGUGGGCAAGUUAGGUUUACGUGUAUUAACGCCGCGUCGUCUAAAAUGUGCACUUCA